AUGGGUGUCCCAUUACUUCUCACUUGGUUAAGGCGACGGUUUGCGGCGUGUUUUCUCCCUAGCAACAGUAACGUGAGUGCCGACUGCUUGUACAUCGAUGUCAAUGGACUGGUGUACCAGGCAGCCACCCUCGCUACUUCUGGUGGCGGGGACCCAGCAGACAUCGAGGCAGCCAUUCUGCGCAGACUGUUUGAUCUCCUGGACGACAUUGUGUUACGUCUCGUCCGGCCGCGCUCGCUGGUGUAUCUGGCUGUUGAUGGUAUUUCACCCAUGGGAAAACUCGCCCAACAGCGCUCACGACGACGACGGCGACGACGCCAGGACCCGCAUUCACACGUUCGUACCACGGAAUGGGACAGCAACAGCAUCAGCGUUGGAACGUCUUUCAUGUCAUCUCUGACGGAUGCACUGCACUUUUAUUGCGCAAGUCGCGCGGAGCGCAUAAAUGUGGAGCGGCUUCGUGAGUAUAAGCAACGUGACGUUGGGAAAGACGUUGCAAGCGCUGGUUUCCCAGCCAACGAGAAAGCAGCACCCUCGCUCAUUACGUUUGUGUCAGAUAACGUGUGGCGUCCCGGUGAGGGCGAGUCGAAGAUCGCAGAUGCCAUACGGCGCUUUCGCUCGCAACCAAGCUAUGAUCCAAACACCGCGCACGUCAUUUGUAGUUCAGACACGGAUGUGACUGUGUGUUCUCUGAUACUACACGAACCUAACAUUCAUGUACUGCGCUAUGAACAUGUUUCAGCUAGCACCGCCAAAGGUGGCAACAAUAACUGGCAAACCUACGCAGGCGACAGCUGGGCGUCCACAUUCUUCAGUAUCUACGCUUUCCGUGAAGAACUUCGACUAAGGCUCCGGAUAGAGCAAACUCGUAGUAACACUAUGUCGGCUGAGGAGCUGGAAAAACUCAACAAACAGUUUGAGGCUGCUCUUCAUGACGUGGUGUUUGUGUUGCUCUUGUUUGGAAACGACUUUUUACCAUCCGUCGGAUGUCGAAUUGAGGAGGGCUUUCUUGACAGUCUCCUGGAGAUGCUCGCCACUGACUUCGUUACACGGGGACGAUCUAUCGUUGAUCCAGUUACUAACACCAUUCAAUUCGAUGCUGCACGAUACGCCCUGGAGUCUCUCGCAGAGAUGCGCAACGAGCGUUCGAGUGGGCUCCAAGUUGACAACGGUGCAGAAGGUGCCGCAGAUUGGGGGUUCGUUAAUGAACAAUUUCUGCAGCGGAAGGCAGCAGAGGAGGCAGAGAAGGCGCCUUGGUGUUACGCCUAUUGGACAAUGCUGCAGUGGUCACUGCAAAACAGCGCUGGUGUCGUGGAGCACUGGGGUUGCUACUACCCCUAUAGUACCGCGCCCCCGUUGCAUCUGCUUCAAAAGUACUGCGGAACACUCUCAUAUGAUGCCCUGAUGGAGUUAGCGGAGAAGAGGAGCCGUAGGAAAGUUGGCCACCACAAUCGGGCCCACGAUGGGACUAACUCAGGCUCAGGGGAACGGGGGGUGAGGCUGCGGGGACCGGGGCCCACCGACGUGCUGGUGCAGCUGCUCGUCCUUCUGCCUACUCGUAGUAUCGCGCUGCUCCCAACUGCAGUGCGAAAGGGAUAUUCGGAAAUUGAGCCCAUUGUAGUUGCCCCUGUGGAGGAAAUCGACUUUGCUGCAGUCCAAACGUGGUGCGCAACGAAACGGGGGUUGUUCACGGAGGAGGAACGCGUGCGGUUCGAUGCGUACGCACUCGCCGCGAGUGACCAUCUGGUUGCGGGCGACGUGCAUGCAAAAUGUGUUCGGGGAAACGAGAUGCUUUUUGUCGCUGACUGGAAUGCUGAGGAGCUUGCCGCGGAGUUGAGAGAACUCGAGGAAAUAGUGCAAGGUGGGGGUGGCACCCGCAGUGACGGAUCGUCCAGUAGCAAAAAGCAGACAGACACCCUAAACAGUGCAACCGGCGUUUUCACGUCUUUUUUCUCUGCGAGAAACGCAGGAAAGACAUCGGCAGCGGUAGCAGCCUUACUUAGCGCCCCGAAAUUCUCCAGAAAUAUCGGAGAGGGGGGCACCGGCAAUGCCGACACUGUCACCACAAGCAGCGGCAUCCCAAAUAUAAAUGGCACCUCAAACAACACCGAUAGAGAUGUCUUACAGCAAUCGAUUGACGUCGACGUGCUGAGUGCCGCAAACUUCACCUUUCAUACUGUUUCGACAUCAGCACUAAAGGGUGAAUCGAUGGUCCGUCGGGUUGGUAACAUCACUGGGGACACCUUCGAGUGUGGUUCGUACAGCGUCGGUCCGUUGUCGCGCAAUCAGAAAACGAUGCGCGUCAGAUUGCGGUGGCGCGUUGCGUCCAGGCCGCCCCGAGACGCUGCACCAUUUUUGCCGUAUUUGCUUUCAGGCUUGAAGCCCCGGCAGAAAAGUGCAGAAGGUGAUGGAACCGCCGGAAAGGAGGGGGUGAAGCGCCCCCGGUCGGAGGUAGCCAAAUCGGCGGGGGAUGAUGACGCCAAGAAGAAUGUUUUCGACGACUUCACACAGCAAACAAUGUUACACGAUACCUUGCAGGAGAAAAAAGAGGCCCUGCGACGCCGUCUGGAGGCACUUCAGGGGGGAAAUGCCACCCUGGGGACCUAA